AUGGCUCAGGAAGCUGGCCCGGUGGGUGCCUUUCCACCGCCACCUGGGCGAACACCAAAUUUCGACCACCCAGAGGAUCUGGGUCGGACGAGCCUGACGGUGGGACUGGCGAUCAUGGCCGGCUUCACGACCGUGAUGUUUGGCCUGAGAAACUACGCCAAGAAGACCAUUACCUCUCAAUGGUACACCGAAGACUGGACCUGCAUUGCAGCAUAUGGGCUUUGGAUGCUCUACAUCAGCACCGUUCUCGUCAUGGCCCAUUAUGGCGAAGGCUAUCACGAAUGGGAGGUCACAAAGGAAGCGUAUAAGGAGAUACUCCGAUGGCUCUACGUCGGUUCUAUCCUUUACUGCCCAGCAGCCUAUUUCACCAAAGUCACACUUCUACUCCUGGAGGCACGGGUUUUCGCCGUAUACGAAAAGGUUUCCAGGGGUGUUUUCAUCUUCAUAACGGUAUUGCUGAUUUGCUACGUGCCGAUCAUGCUACUAAAAGCGGUGGUGUGCAUACCAAUCGCGGCAGCUUGGGAUCAGGACGUCAAACCUGCGAAUUGCCUCAACCAGCGGAAAGUGUUCAUAUCCGACAUGUGCUUGGGCGUGCUCACAGACUUGGUCAUUCUCAUCUUGCCCUUGGUUCUGACGUUCUCGCUCCACAUGCCCAUCUGGACCAAGAUCAAAGUGGUAGCCCUUUUGGGUGCCGGCGGAGUAGCCACUGGGGUAUCGAUUUAUAGGCUUUACAAGGCUAUUUUGUUUCUCAAUCCGACUGACACUACCGAGGGGUUUGUACUAUUGGAUAUCACGACUGCCGGGCUUUGGAACAUCCUCAAGAUCAUGAGGGACGUUGACAGCUGGAACAGCCCCAUUCGCGAGUAUGGCAAACUCGACGACGUGCCCAAGUGCCGUGACCAGACGUACCAGCUGAUUCUCCUUGUUGUCGGUGUUGCGCCUCUGAGGGGCGGAGUUCUUGUUACCCAUUGUGACUGGGAUGGCGAGAUGCGUGAUGGGUUUUAG